GGUUAGGUGUACUGGAUGAGGAGGUGACCCCGGUGUCAGUAUGCAUGUUUACGUACGGCACACUAUGACACCAGUGUUAACGUAUUCCGUUGGACAACUGGCUCAUUGUUGGACCCGAGAAGAGUUAAAAUUUCUUGGUUUUGGUCGUCAUCCCUCCGCCAAAUACCUCGCCGCAGCGCAAGCCCAGGGCCGGUUCUAUUUCUAUAUAAUGGUGCUAGUCCACCCCCCCCCCCCCCACCCCUGUCCCGUUUUUGCUUCCUCGUAGGCAGCAAGGCAUCAGGGCCUCCUCCCUGCCUGAGCCUGACUUCCUGCUCGAUCGUCCGGGUUCGGUUCUUGGUUGCGGCGUUGCGCCGACGAGGUAUUCGAUCAAUUGUCUGCCUGGUGCCACGUGCUCCCCGGCUGCGGUCCACCGAGAUGGAGGGCAAGAUGCCAGCGGCCGGCCCGUCCCCAGCGUCGGCGGAGAGGAGGAGGGCGGCGCCCUAUGACGACGACGACGACGCUCGAGACGGCGAGAACGCCAUGCGGGACGCGGUGGUGCCGCCGCAAGAAGAGGAACCGGACCACCAGGUUCCGGGCCGCAGCAACGGCGGCGUCGACGGCCUCGGGACUUGGCCGGUUCGUCAGGACUCGAUCCCUCUGCAGAACAAGAACCAAGCCACGCACGGCGUGAGCGACGUUAGUGAGGAGGUGGCGCCGCCGCAAGCAGAGCAACUGGUGCUGGGGCAUGGCAAUGGCGGCGAGAGCGGCAUCAGCAUCCCACAGCAGCCGCAGACCAGAUACUACUUGGUGCCUGACGAGGACUUCCAUCAGGGCUGGAACAAGCUGGUGGAUGUGACCUGCGAGAACGUGGAACUGCGAAGCCAGCUCGCGGCUUCCCAGGAGAAACACGCGAGCCUCCGCGAGGAGCUCCGGCAGGCGAAGGAGUGGGCUCUCACAUCGCAGGCUGCUGUGGCGCUCGUCCUGUUGGCGCCCCUCAGUGAGCGACGCCGCGCUGGCCUGGAUGAGGAGGUGACCCCGGUGUGCCUGCUCUGCCGGCUCAGCCCGGCGACCGUGGUGCUCCGGCCGUGCGAGCACAGCUGCCUGUGCAGGCCCUGCUCGAUGGCCCGCCGCAUGUGCCCGUACUGCCAUGCUUCGACUACCAAUUGAUCGAUCUCUGGUCUAGUUGGACUCUGAUUUCGUUGUGUAAGGCUGUAAGCUGAUUAGGCUCAUGGAUUAUUCCUAUAUUUUCAGUGCUUCUUUGACAGUGCUGGAAUGUUUGGUCUGAUUGUUACCUGGGCUUCAAUAUAAUUGUAUUCAGAAAGCAUGCAUACCAUUGGCAUGCUCAAUGCUGAAAUGUUUGGUCUGAUUUUUACCCGGUCUUG